CGGCAUGUAGCAACAUUUGUUUUGUUAUUCAUUGAUAAUUAAAUUUGUUCGCUUUCAGCAUGAUGUAUUUGUUAGCAUAAGACGGAGGUUGAGAUAUUUUGCGGAGGCGAAAAUAACCGAGCAGAGGCUGUGACUGAAAAAUGGCCGCUGAUUCGUUCACAGGCACUGUGAACAAAUUUUAGAGGACGUCUUUCCCCAUCUGCAAUUACAAAUGUGCCAUGCCAUGCAAAUCAAUUUUUGUGAAGUGAUGUACUUCUUUCAGUUACAUUUUGUAAUGUACCCACGGCCUACAUGCACGAAGUGCGGUGGCUAAACCAUUGCUCUUGGAAUUGCUCAGCUGAACCAUGGAUGUCUUCAUAUGUGGUGUGUGCCACAUGGGCUUCCAUGACAUUGGCAAGUUUGUGGAGCAUAAGAACUCCCUGGGCUCCAUUAGCUGUGGCCACUGCACUGCCAUAUUUCACACCGAAGAUGAGUUAGCCCAGCAUGCACUGCAGGAACAUGCAACAGAAAGCCAAGGGUCUGAACCUGCUGACGAGGAAAUGCCACUUGAACAGCAUAUGGAGACUGAGCCAUCCACUGAAGGCAGUGAAAACCACCUGGCCUCUACCAGUGACAGUGGCGCUGGAGCUGACUCGCAGACCAUCGUAGUUACAGAGGGUUUCUCAUUCGAGGCCACAGAUAACAGUGUGGUUAGCGACAUCUUUGCCUGCAGUCUGUGCCAGUGUUUUGCUUUGAGUGAAGAAGAGAUGGUGAAUCAUGUAAAUGAAUGUCAUGAGCGCAAUGUAUCUAAAGGCUCGGAAGAUGCUUCUCCGUUAUACUGCCGACUGCAGCAGCUGGGUUCUACUGUUGUAACAGCUCCGGGCGAAGAAAGACGGACACUGCGCGUGCUUCCUGUGGAUGUUGAGGAGCCUCCCACACAGCCCACAACACUGCACUUAGUAGUGGAAGCUACCAGCCCACCUGUGCCUCCAAAGCGCCGCAGAGGCCGUCCACGCAAAGUGGAUCAGGUCCAGAGGCCAGCACCAGUUGUUGAAAAGGUAGAAGAAGAACCUGACACACUUAUAAGAGGGCAAGAUGGCCUCUUUCAUUGCUCUCGUUGCAAGCGAGCCUUCUGCAAGGAGCGACACAUUCUGGGCCACCGCUGUAUGGCCAAGGGUGACUAUGUUGACAGCUUUGAUAAGAAAGACGAGGAGGGCAGUGUUGCGCCUGAUGAAGAUGCCAAAGAUGGAGACCCAACAGAAGACUUUCGUUUGCACCGAACCAGUGAACGUGAGCCGUGGACUCGGGGCCGUGGCCGUCGAGGCGGACAUAGAGGUGGUCGCCGAGGUGGCUUUUGCCGAGACGUCUCUGGCAGCCCACAUCAUGAGGCAGUUGCAGGGCCUGGUGAAGCCAACAAGGAGAAUGUUGUGGGCCAGGAGCAAGCUACAGCUGAGAAAUCUGCUGAAGAAGCCUCGGAAGAAGUGGAGGAGGUGCCUCCUCGAAAGCUGCACUGGCGUGAGGACCCCCGACAUGUGCCAGUUUUCUCAAGGGAUGAAGAGAGGGUGGCCUUUGAAGAGCACUUAAACCAGGUUGACCUUAGCUGCGUCGACCACUUGUAUACACAGCACCAGGUGGCUCAAGAGAUCACAUGCCCACCAGGUACCCGUCCAGCUCCCAAGGAAGUCUGCGACCUUCACGUGUUCUCCUGCAACGUUUGCAAAAAGGUAUUCAAAACACAGUCACAUAUGAGGCUACACUGCCUGAUCCACACAGAGCUCAAGCCAUUCACCUGUCAUCAGUGUGAUUUCAACACCAAUGCCAAAGGGAAUUUGUACACACACAUGCGUAAACACACUGGAAAUUACUUCAAAUGUACCCAGUGUGAUUUUCGGAGCUGCAACAGAAGUCACAUGGCUGAACACGAAGCAACGCACAGCAGCGUUAGGCAGCGAUGCGAGUUGUGCAGCAAUGAUUACAAUACGAUCAAGUCCCUUGUCAACCAUGUGCGCAAGUACCAUACAAGUCCAGCGGGAAAGCGAUAUCUGGCCACAUUUCAAAGCAAACAGCUUCAGAACAUGGCUGUACUGCAUGUGUGCCAUGUUUGUAAUCGCAAGUUUAAAAAGAAGGUGGAUCGUGAUCGACAUUUGUUUGUGCAUAAUGUCCCUGAGCCGCCCACUGCGUACCAGUGUGGACUAUGUGGAUACCAGGCUUCACGGAGAACCUACUUGGAAAAUCAUUAUAGGAAACACCGCCUUGUGUAUGUCUGCUCUGUGUGCUGUGGUUUGCAUCUGAGUGCCACAGCUCUUCGAACACACUUACAGAAAGAACAUAUAGAGAAGAAGCGAGAUGUAGCAAGUGAUCCUAAGUCUGACUCCAGCAUUGAGUGCUUUGUGGCUGAGAGUGGUCCAGUAUCUACUGCUGAAGAAACAGUGCCUGCACAAACCAGCCCUGAGCAGAGUGACACCCCUGAGCCAACUCAGGCCAGCACACAGUCUGAUGCUGCCCCAGAAAGUGAAGCGAGCACUGAAGCAACGGUGUCAAGUGAUGCAACACUUGAGUCGCUUUUUGCUGAUUCGAUCGGCCAAAGUUGGUAUCUUCCUGAACCUGAUGGCAUUGCCAGUGGCUACGCCAACAUUCCUCAGGAACUCACUGAGGGCUCCCAGGAGUGUGACCCUGAUACCCCUACUGACACACAGGUGACCUCAGCUCAGCAGAGUGGACCCCUCAGUGGUUCUGUGACGGGGCUGUGGUCAAUGUCGCAGCUGCACUACAAGCAGCUCAAUAUGGAAGUUUAUUCUAAAAUUCGGGAAGUAUUUGGAGAGGAAGAGUGUCCCGACUGUGGUCGCCUCUUUCAUAGUCGCAUUGAUUUGGAUCCCCACCGCCUUACCCAUACGGAUGACAAACCCUACAAGUGUGGCAAAUGCACUUAUUCUUCAGGUUCCAAGGACAACCUGAAGAGGCACCAGGAGACUGCACAUGAAGGGCGCACCUUUCCUUGCGAACGAUGCGACUUUGUGGCACAGUCUCGGAGCUCGCUGUUCCAGCACCGUCAGAAGCACACAGCUAAUGGUGGUCAAGGCCGGUGCCCAGUGUGCCAGCGACAGUUCCCAUCUUGGCGCAUUCUGCGUCAGCACUUGCUCUCCCAGCACCCAGAUGCACCACAGUUGUUUAAAGUACCUGGUGGUCCCCCUCGAGUGAUGGGGCGCCUAGGCCGGCGCACCUACAAAUGCCCAUACUGUGGUCGUGUGUUUCAUCGUUCAAGCACUGAUCUUCAGAAACACAUGUGGAUUCAUGAAGGCGUAAAGCCAUUUCAAUGCCCAGACUGUCCAUACCAGUGUCGCAGCCGCAAUAAUCUCAAUGUUCACCGUCUUACGCACUCCAACGACAAGCCACACCUUUGUGACCAGUGUGGUAAAGGGUACAAGUCUAAGGCUGCUCUACGCUUGCAUACUCGGACACAUGGUCGAGGUGCACUUUACCCUUGUGACAAAUGUGAAUAUACGGCCACCCAGAAAUGCCACCUGAAACGUCAUCUAGAAACUCACGACAUCAUACGACGCUAUAUCUGCGAGCACUGUUCUUACUCUUCCAACACUAUCAAUUACAUGAAGGUUCACUACAGCCGGAAACAUCGUGGGGAGGUUUUCAAUCAAAAUUCAGUCGUUGCUGAUCCCAGUACAAUCGAGCAGCAGAAAGACAGGGUGUACAAGUGUCUUAGUUGCUCUUACAUUUUUGGCAACAUGAAUGACAUGAAGCGGCACCUUAGGCUCAAACAUGGUGUGUGCUUGGAGAACUUGGACUUGAGUGUGGAAGAAGUAUCAGCAGAUGCUCUUGCCUCAGAAGCAGAGGCAGCCGCAGCUAGUGCUCAGCAAGAAAUGACACUGGAGCCUGCACCUAGUGACAGCAACCAACCACUUGAGGUGCCAACAGAAGCAACUGUGGAAGAGGAAACUGAGGAGGGUGCAGUCAGCCUGAUUCAGCAGAUGGUGGAGCAAGGGACCCUGGCAGCAGGCCAGGAAGUUACCUUGCAGACACUGGAUGCUGAUGGCCUGCUAACAACACUGAGCCCUGAGGCAAUCAUUGUGCGUGAGCAGGAUGGCCAGCCGCUGCUGCUGGGCACCCAGGGUUCCUACCUCAUUCAGUAUGUGCAACAGGAGCCCGAUGGCGUCGUCCUCCAGCAAGGACCACACCAGCAGGUCCAACAGGAGAUCAUUGUUGAGCUUACACCAUGAUCUCCAGCUUGCAAGCGGGCUUUUGAAAAAGCGAAGACAAAAACGUUCUGCAGCUGUGAAGCCAAGCUACUGCUUCGGGUUGUUUUAUCAGAUAAAAUGUGUUGUGCACAUAUAGCAUUCACAACAGACCAGGCCGACAUGCUGGAAUCAACGCAACUUCGGCAGUUUUUUUUUGUAAAUAUGGUGCUCAGGAGUAUCAG